AUGUUGGAAAGUUUCCCCUUUAGAGUCCUCAUCCUUGGAUGCAUUGUGACCAAUUCCUUCCUCAUUGCAUUGCAAACAGACGAAAGCUACUCGGUGAGAUGGACGUUCGAAUUCUCUAUUUUCGACAAGGUAGUUCUGGUUAUUUUCGUCUGUGAGAUCCUGCUUAAAUGGUACUACGACUUCUGGGUGUUCUGGAAAUCCAAAUCCAAUAUAUUGGAUCUGCUUAUUGUGUGCGUGCUGUUUCUUGGGCCAAAUAUGAUGAUGGGAAAUGAAAAGAUGUUGAAAAUCCUUCGUGUGCUUCGUGCCUUCCGCAGUUUAAAAAGUAUCUCUUCGUUCGCUGGCCUUCAAAUGGUGAUUCAGACGAUACUUCAGUCACUGCCGGACAUGGCCAACAUCGGACUUCUUCUGUUAAUCAUUCUGAUCGUCCUGGCGGUGGUAGGGGUAACACUAUUUCAAAAUGUUGUCCCAAAUACUUUUGGUGAUUUAGGAAAAGCACUUUUUUCGCUCUUUAUCUGUGUGACGCAGGAUGGGUGGAUAACAAUAUUCAAAGACUUUCAAGCAAAAGGAGGGGCCUACUACUACGGAGGAAUGUUCUACUUCUGUGUGGCUAUCAUGAUUGGCUCAUUCGUAUUUGCCAACCUGAUUGUUGCCAUUGUGGUCACGAACCUGGAAUGUUCGAUUAAUGAAAUGAAGGAAAAAAAGAAACGUGAAGAAGAUGUCCUGCAAUCCUUGGAAUCGACAUCAUCAAAACAUGAUUUUGCGGACGACAACAUUCCCAUCAUAACAGCGACAAGUCUCUCUCACAAGGAGAAAAUUAACUUCAAGCAACAAACACCUUUACAGCUGCCGAACUUCGACAAUCUAAACAAAGAAAAACUUGAAAACUACUUCCUGAUUUUGAUUGCGAUUGAGGAAAACCUGAAAGAAUAUAAUCUCAUCAGAGAGGACAUGGAAAAGAUGUAUGGAAUUAUUCAAGAUUUCAACUUGGUGGAAGCAAACGAUGCCUUGGUCGCACCAAGUUCGCUGGCAGCUGAGUUGAAUGAACCCGAUAUUGACCUGACUAAAGGAGAUAUUUUGUCUAACCUGAUCAAACUAGAGGGAGCCAAUCUUAUCUCAACUAAUAAUGCAAGGAGCUUAGACCAUGCUCUGAAGAAAGGAACACAUCGGAAGUGA